UACAGAGAUGGAAGAGAGCAGAGUUCCGGAGCAAAACAGGCGGGUGAUGGUAGCCAUCGACGAUAGCGAGGAGAGCUUCUACACUCUCAACUGGGCUCUAGACAAUGUCUUCAAAAAUGGCCAAUCCCAUCAUUCCCAUGAGGAAGAAGAAGAAGAACACAACAGCAGAUGGCCAAAGAAGUCCUUUCUAAAGCGUUGCAAAUGUGCAUGCAAAAGAUGGUUAAAGCAGAAACUUUGGUUUUGGAAGGGGAUCCCAAGGACAAAAUUUGUCAAGCUGCUGAGGAAAUGCGCAUUGAUCUUGUUGUUGUGGGCAGUCGUGGGCUUGGCAACAUUACAAGGUUUUGGCUCUAAGAUCUUUCUUUCUCCAACUUCAUCGUAAUAUAAAGGAGAUCUACAUUUCUUUCCAAAUAAAGCUUCAAAAGGUGACAUUCCUAUACUCAAUUGGUAGCUAUUGUUAUAUGCAAACUCAAUUUAAGUUAAGUAUUUACUCCAACUACCCUUGACAUCCAAGCCACAAGCUCGAAGCAUAUCCUCCAAGGUCAGAAUAGUCCUCUCGGUUUUCCCAUCGGUUUGUGGAUGAAAUGUAGUGCUUAAUUUUAAUUCAGUCCCCAUGGCUCAUUAUAAGCUUCUCCAAAAUUUUGACACAAAUCAAGAGUUUCAGUCAGAUACUAUACUAACAGGUACACCAUGAAACCUUACAACUUCUUUCACAUACAACUUAGCUAGGUCUUCUUAAUGGGUAUAAAAAUGUGCAAGCUUAGUGAGUCGAUCCACAAUAACCCAAAUUGUAUUUUUCCCACGAAUCUUAAUCAACU